AUGUCAUAUUUAAAUAUAGAUGAUAUAUUAGCAGAGGAACAGAAAUUAUCAUGUAAAUUUUUAUAUAAUGCUUAUAAUUUAGGGCAAUUGGAAGAGGGGUCAGCAGAUACCGAUAUUGAAAAAGGAACAAAAAUAGAUUUACCAUACUGGUUAGCAUAUGUAUUGGCAAAGAAGGGUCUUGUUUCAGCAGAAAUGCCAACUCCUUACCAACAAGACUUUAAAGAUAAAUUAAUCGCAGACCCAAAUGUAAUAUCAAUGAGAUCCCACCAGUAUUACGAUAAAAUAGGUACCAUGCUUUCAUCAUUUUUUUCAGAUCGUAGUUUAAAUUUAUUAUUAUUUAGAGUUUUUAGAGAUAGAUUUUUAAAGAUAUAUAAUCAAUCACUCAAUUUAAGGGAAACUGAUAUUACAAAGAUCGUUGGUAAUAUGACACGUCUUGAAAGAAAUAUUUUUGAAAAUGGUUAUAGAUCAUCAAUAGACUAUGAUAAAUGGAGAAAUAGAAAAGGAGAAAAAAUCGAAAGAAAUCCAAAUAUAAUAUUCCCUGUAGCUUCAAGAUCAUCAUCAGUAAAUAAUAGUAUUAAUAGUAAUAACAUAAAUUCAUCAUCAACACAAUCAUCUUCCUCUUCAACUCAAUCAUCUCAACCUAAAAAAGAUACAGUAUUAAAGAAAAGAAAAAGAAUUUUCGAUGAUGAAUCAUAAAUAUUUUUGUAUACAUAUUAUUAUUAUAAUAAAUAGUUAAUUUGGGGGGUAAAUAAAAUUAUAUAAAUAGCAGCAUUAUGUAAUGGGCAAGGUUAACACAAAAAAAUAACAUGAGUUAGAAAUCAUCAUCAUCAUAAUCGCACCAUUAUCGUAAACAUAAUAACAGUGGUAAUAGUGUAAAAUCUAGAUGUGUAUACCAAUAAGGAACCCACAGUAAGCCUAAAUAUUCAAGUUAAUAAAUUAUUAUAAUAAUAAAAAAAAAUAAAAAAAUAAUAAUGUGUUUGUAAAUACCAACCACACUCACAGUUGUUAUUUAAUAAAACACAUCCCAGAUUUGUAGUUAGAAUUCC